AUGUGAUCCCUGACUGAGCUUCACCCGACUAAAGGUGGAUACCUUUGUGCUGCACCGACUGUAACGUUUCCUGCUGCUGUCAGAGGCUGUUGACUUUUGCCUGUCAUCUGCGACUAAAGUGGAAACUUGUUAUUUUUUCCCUCAGCAUGUCCAUCAGUCGGAAAAACUGGUUUGCUUUGUCCAGCCUUGCACGACAAUGGACGAUGGAGGACGAGGAGGAGGUGGAGAGGGAGAAGAGGAGGAGAGGGAGGAGCAGCAGUACUGCUGACCCAGAUGCUGACUCUGACUCUCUUCCCAGAACUCCAUCCAGCAAUGGUGGCACAUCUGGGACUAAACCUUCCGGUGACACAUCUCUGGAUCUCAGCAGUGUUGAGCAGCUUCAGGUAGACUUUGUGGAGAUGCUUCGAGCGCGAGAUGAAAAGAGGAGGAUGAGGCAGGUGGAGACGCUGAGACGGCAGAAGGAGGAAGAGGAGGGUGAUGAGAAGGAGAGAAGUGGAGAAGAAGGAGAUGGAAGGGUCGUGGUGCUGGGGGAGUUGGAUGAGGGGAAGGACAGCGUGUUCAAACCACAAUCUCCUUCAAAAAGUACCUCUGAAAGCAACAAAUUCAGCAGGAAAGCUGCAACAUCAAGCACACUGCAUGAAAAAGAAGAGUCAUUAAAAAUGGACCCUGAGUCUAAACCAGAGCCCCGUCCAGCUCGCAAGUUUGUCAGUUCUGUGUCCAUCUCUCUUGACAAGCCUUCCUCAGCCAGCAGGAGCUCCACUUCCAUGAGCCCUAGCUCUCCGACGACCCCCUUGUCGCCACGUGAUCACUGGCCUUCACCCUGCAUGAGCCCGUCACCUCAUCAGCCUCAAAGUCCAGUAGAGAACAGACACUCACAGGAGACCUGCACCAAUGGGCCCUCGAAAGAUGGAAAUUUUGAACAAACAACCAAACCUGCCUUUGCCAGACAGAGCUCCAGGACUUUAUCCUUCAGGACCAUGAAGAAGAAAGAGGAGGACAGCUCGCCACUGCAGCGAAGUGCAAGUGUGAGGAUAGCCUCCAAGAAGUUUGAGACCAACACAGACCAGGAUGGAGAUGAGGACAAAAGAUCAUCAUUCCAAAGAAACUCUAAACAAAGAAUAUCCUCCAGAUCCAUCAAAGAAAAGAUGGAGUUACUGGCUCGAGCAGCACAGAAAUCAGAAGUGACCCGAUCUCCAGAUGUGGCCCAGAGGACCCUGUGUCUGUUGGAAGAGGUCUCCAGAAAAAGAAGCCUGUUUGAGAAGGAUCAGGAGGCACAGAGCCCGACCAGCCCCGGAGUUUCAAGACCAGAUUUCCGGAGCUUCACAUCGGGAAUGUCGGACCGGAUCAACGUCUGGCUAAAUAAGACCAACCAAGCUGGAUCCUCACUCAGUCUGGACUUGAGAAAUGUGGACAUCAGCAGCAAGAGGAGUCUGUUUGAGAAUAGAGGGGAGGACAGUGUCUCCAAAAUAAGUCCUGCACAAAAGUUAUAGAUCUAUAAUUUAUCAUUCUCAUUGGGGAGGUAAACUUUUGGAUGAUUAUUGAGCUUUCAUGCUACUUCAAGAAUUUUUCUUCACUGCCAAGGCACACAAAAGGAAAGGCUGGAGUUUCUGCUGUAAAGAAUGAAACAUGUGUUGUUGUAUUUUUUUAAACAGGAAGCUUUUCUCUUGCAUUGAUUCUUCAAACUUGUACUUGUUUUACAAUUCAGAACAUGGAAUCUGGAGAAAUAUGAAUAAAGCAGUAGAACAAAGAAGAAGAAAUAAUUUGUAUACAUUCUUCAGCCUUAUCUUCAUUUCUCAAGCACUUUAAACAGGCAAGAGGCUUCAGGCUAAUUAAGUUUAUUGAAAGGUGGAAUUGUAAUUAAAUAAAGUUUUGUUUUAUCUUUGGACAUGCUGACUCGUUUGUCUGAGGAAUAAACUGUUUUACUACAAA